AUGACUCGGUUUUAUACUCGCAUUUAUACCCCGUCUAGGACUUCCGGUUAUAGAGAUCAAUUAAACGUCUGGUCUGAUCGAGUUCAUAUUGGCCAUAUUCAGUUCACAACUCAGGGUUUCUACCACCAAACUGACCAAAUGCAAUACCAAGCCAUUCCUUUUUCCCCCAAAUUAUCAACUAUGGCGACCGAUACCAAGCACAUGGCCAAUCCGAUUUGGAUGCGAAGAGAUUGUCCCUAUCGCGCAUCUCCCAAGACCGACUUUCCGUUGAUACCGGCUCUAUCAUAUUUGACCAUCUCUCCAAUGUACCUGGUUCGUGUCUUGUUAUUCUUUUACCCAACAGUGAUUAUGUAUGGCGCAGAAGAGAGUUUGGUGGACCCGUACGUUAUAGGCUGGGGAACUAGCAAACGCAAGGCCGAGGAGAAUGCGGCUGAGAAACUACUGACCUCACGCCGUUAUUGCUUCUACUGA